UUAGUUAUCGUCAAGUCAUCGUCGAUUCCAGAUGUAUGGGAUACAACUAUUUUCAAUGAAAAAACGCAGCAAAAUUUUGACGGAACUAAUCCUCUUGUGUACUUUGUUGAAAAAUGUAAAUGGAAUUAAAGACGAGAACAGUACUCUUCCACCCCAAACUAGUAGAAGCCGCUGUUUAUUACCACCUCACCCAAAAUUUGGUGGAUGGACCGUCUUUCAAACAAAUCUUGCCCCAUCUGUGGGCGAUGCCGUGCCUGUGGGUACAAUUCUUGAAAUCAGUUGUUACAACGGUUACAAAUUAAAUGGUAGUGAGACCACUGCUUGUGUUCGGGGCCAAUGGAGGCCUGAAAUGGGCAAAUGUUUACGUAGUUAUAGUGCUUCUAAUUGCACUACUCGUACAGACAAAGAUGAAACUUUAGACGGUAACACGAACGCGACCGGUGAUAAUUUUGAAGGUUGCGAAAUUGUUCCUGAAAAUUUGCAAGAGAGUUGUAGCCUCCCGAUGGCACCGGGGUCCUGUAGCAACUACACUGUUAAGUGGUUCUUUGAUAUAGACUUAGGUAAGUGUACACCUUUUUGGUACCGCGGCUGCGAUGGUAACGCCAAUCGGUUUAAAACUAAGAAGGAGUGUGAUGGUAUAUGCGUCAAACCUGAAGGACCUGACAGAUGCAAGCUUCCGAAGGUGUCGGGACAAUGCGAUGAGAAACAUCCGCAGUGGUUCUACGAUGCGAAGAGUAAAAAAUGCGCACAAUUCAUAUAUGGGGGUUGCUUCGGUAACAAUAACAGAUUCGAUACCAAAGAGGAAUGUCUUGCUCUUUGCGUGGAAGGCCAUAGUGUUGGUAAAUAUCCUUAAGGUGUUACAGACGUGUGUGUAACAGUUUAAUCUGUCGUCUGACUAUUAUGUUAAACUUUUUAUGACUUUUGAAUGUCAAAAUGUAUACAUUACAUUGUAAAAUUGAAAAUUUUAAUAUAAAUUUUUCACUGAUGA